UUUAGCUUGCAAACAGGGAAAGCGGUCAGGCAGCUUAUGAUAUAUCCACAUGCAUACCGCUUACAUUUAACGUAAGUGAAAUUCAACUAGUCACUGACUCAUGGCCACGGAGCGCGGGUUGCCAGUGUGGUCUCCAUGGUGGAGUGGCUAGGUGCAGGUGGUUCUGUUGUACAUACUGCGUAAUCGGUCGAUAUAGUACUGUACUCUACAUCCGACUGCGGGUAACGGCACAUACGGCCUGGCAGCGCGGACUUUCAUGAAGACAUCUUAUCUUCACUUCCCAGUCCGGAUCCCGAGUUACUCGUCCCUAGCGGGGACGGCUGGCAUCCUAACCUAGAUAUUUGCCGCAACGUUACACGGCUGGCGACACGUCACCUGGGAGCGCCGUCCAUGCGACGCAUACUCUGUCAAUUCAGUCACUAGAGCCUACACAUAACGAGCGCUAAAUAUUUACGAACCGCGAAGGCAAGCGGACGUUAGAUUUCCUUUUUUGUUCGAUUGGGAUACUCUCCCGGGAAGUCCGGGAAGGAGAACUGUCCGCAUGCUGCUGAAAGAGUCAGCUGUGGGAGAAAUUUAUUUGGCUCGAGUCGUUGGCAUGGAGUGAGGAGGCUACAGCAGAAUGCACCUGUCUAGCGGAGGAAUCCAUCAGCUGCAUUUGCUGCCGGUCCUGGCAGUUGGUGUGCUGCUCGCAUCCUUCACCGCCGGAUGUCCGAUAUGGUCGAGAUACAUGAACAGCUACGGAAUGCCGCCCUACGGCGGCUACGGAUACUACGGCGGCAUGGGCAUGGCCCCGGGGAUGUACGGCGCGGGAAUGGGGAUGGGGAUGCCGGGGUACGGGUACGGAAUGGGCGGCAUGACGGCCGGCAGUCCGCAGUACCCUUACGUCGACCCCCAGGUCUACUGGCUCCUGGCCGAGGCCACCCCCGCCCUUCGGACCUCCUCUCCCGGUCUGUUGCCGCUAUUCCUGGCGCUUCUCUCCCUCACGCUGGCGGCGCAGAUGUCAACCUACACCGUUCUCUGACGCGGCUGCCGGCGCGAACCGGAAAUGAUCGGGGACGGUGCCACAGUCUUUCCUCUGCUUGUUGGGCAUGUACAGGAGCGGUAUCUGUGGGUACUCAUUUUCUUCCUGUGCACUUUACUUAUUAGCCUUUAUUUUAUUGCUAUUCACUGCUGUGGGUCCAGUCGUUUUUUUGGCUACCAAAGAGUUUUUGCGCCGACUGUGUUUUUCGUAUUAUCCACAAACUAACACGCGGCGCAUGUUUCCUGUACAGUAUUGAUAAAACAAUACAAAGAGGUUCUGUCUGCACCUGCUGUCAUGCUUUACUGGCUUUCCUCGCAAAAUAAUCAGAGAUUACGUUAUGGGUUGUACGUGUACA